GCGAUAGAGCACCAGUAAGAUAGUGGGUGAAGAGAAACCAAGGAAAAUGAUAUGAAGUCCUCCAAAACCACUAAAGGUAUCGUUAGCUAUGCUGAUCUCCAGCCCAUAGGGGAUCUCCAUGACAUACUCCGCAACGGCUCCUUCAUCAACAACAAAACCAUGAGGUGCGUGAAGAUGAAAGCGAGCAACUUCUCGAGCUUCAUGAUCUAUCCAAGGGAACUGAAGAUCACAUGGGGAGAUGACCCGAGAUACUGGCGCUGGCCUUGGUUGGAAGAGGAUCUGAAGGUCGAAGUCGCGGAGUUGUUGGAAGUUUGUUGGCUCGAGGUGCAUGGGAGCUUCCAGAUGAAUCAUCUGGACCGUGGGCACAAGUAUGAUGUCAUGUUUGUGAUCAUGAUGAAGGAUGCAGCGGGGUUUCAAGAUGAUGCCACCUUGAAGCUCGAACUACCCGAUGGUGAGGUGCAGCAACGGAAGGUGAACCUCAAUAAGCUGGCCCCCAAGAAGUGGGUCAUGGUGAAGGUAGGAGACUUUGUGGCCAAAGGCCUAGGGGAGAUCAAAUACUCACUGCUGGAUUAUGAUGACCCCAACUGGAAGACGGGACUGCUCAUUGGAGGGGCAUUGAUCAAGCACAGCACCUGAUGAGUUCUUUCUCGUACGUAAUAGUUGGUGUGCUAUCUGAAUUCACGUAAUAUCAAUAAAAAAAAAAAGGAUGACAGCAUUAAUUUCUCCAAGGUGCUUGUCAUCUUUUGUUGUAAUGCCUUCCACGGGCUUUAAUAUAAUGAAUAAACUAUUG